AUGUACUUCCGGUUUUCCUCCUAUGAGAACAUUUUGCCGGUAUGUUGUUGCAUUUUAGGAUUUAAACGAGGAGGAUCGAUAAUGUGAUAUAUUUGCUUGAUCAUGGGGAAGAAUUAUUAUUGUGACUUCUGCGACAAGACAUUUGCUGAUAAAGCAAACAAUCGUAAAAACCAUCUAAAAGGCCUGAUACACCAACGUUGUCGCAAAGCUUAUUACGAUCAGUACCGCGAGCCGGGGGUAAUCCUGGCAGAGGAGUUGUCGAAACGUCCAUGUAAACAUUUUCUGUCCUCUGGACACUGCUCCUUCAUGGGAAGUUGUAAAUAUUCACACAUGACAGAUGAACAGAAGCAAGAAAUGCAAAGACAAAUUGAUGCUAAGAAAAAUGUUGCAAGUUCCAAGACAGCAGAGUCAAUAGAACCACCAUCUCUUGAAAAAUGGCUAGAAAAAGUUCAAAAGUGUUCAAAGGAUAAAACGAAAGUAGAUAAAAUCCACAAAGAACAGGAAUUACCUGUGUAUUCCCUUCCUCCACAUCUGGAGGGCAUCACUAAUCUUCCUCCCUCGUUGCUUCCUCCCCCUCCAGGCAUUUUUACAUCCCUGCCUUUGGAGGAGUGGGGCUGAAAAUAACUGUGUAGUCUAGAUAAUAUUUUUAUUGUGAAUUCUUUGUAUAAUAAACAUGUGAAGGUCUUGUCAAUUAAAUUUUCUCAAUGGCACAAUAUUUACAUAUGUCAUUGUGUUUUUUCUGUUUAUUUUCAUGCUGCAUGUAGU